UUGCCAAUCAAUCUUUUUCCCAAUGAAUUUAUACUUUCCGUCUUGCGUCCCCAAGCAAAACCCUAACAUUUCUCUUCUCCUCCAGCCACAGUAACUUCAGACUCCUUGAUUUCCUCUUGAUUCUUUGAUGCUAUUUGUCUUCUUCUUUUCCAUCAAACCCCUAAUUGCUUCUUCCAACGGUGUCCAGCUAUGGCUGCAAAGAUUCUUGCAAAUUUGGUUGUAAUGGGCUCUGGGAUUUUGGCCAGAGCUCUUGUUCAAGCAUACCGUCAAGCACUUGCAAAUGCUUCAAAAACCGGGGUUGCUCAGGAGACAAUACAGAAUGCUACUCGCAGAGCAAGCAAAAUCAUGACAGAGCAAGAAGCAAGGCAGAUUCUUGGCGUAACUGAGCAGUCCACAUGGGAGGAGAUUGCGCAGAAGUACGAUAAUCUAUUUGAAAGGAAUGCUAAGAAUGGGAGCUUUUACCUGCAAUCCAAAGUACACAGGGCCAAGGAGUGUCUGGAACCUUUAUAUCAACCCAAAGACCAGCCGACGACUCCUACUGGUUGAGAACGUAUUUGUUAUGGUCAUCUUUUUUGUGCAUUACUGGCGCCUUGGAAUUUUGUAUAGCCAACAAAAAAUCUGCUGAUGGUUGAUGAACUCAUUGAUGAAUGCCGAGUGUCUGAAACUUGUUUUAUCCUCCUCUUCACCGUCCUUCAAUUUUUUUGGGUAUAAAUUGGUGCGCUAUAUUUUACGUUAA